AUGUCAGGCAGAACUGUCACAACAAACAAUUCAAUUCAAAUCCAAACUCUACCCAGAAUUAGGUUUUCUCUUGAAACAUCCUCUUUUGUUCGUUUGUUCACUGUUUCACGCGCAUUAACGGCCAUAAAGCGCAAUAUGGCUCUACAGCACGUAAAAUUAGCAUUAAUUGAUCUUAGUGGAACACUGCAUAUCGAUGAUCAGCCGACCGAGGGAGCGGUGGAUGCCUUAAAAAAACUUCGUCAGCACGGUGUGAAAGUGAAAUUCGUAACCAACACAACGAAGGAAAGUGUCGGCUCCCUGUUCGACCGGCUGCGCAAAAUAGGAUUUGAGCUGGCACGGGAAGAAAUUUACGGAUCUCUGGCAGCCGCCGCUGAUUACGUUCGGAAAAACAACCUUAAUCCGUACUACCUCUUGACGGAUGAUGCCCGCACCGAUAUGCCUCCGAACGACGCCACACGUCCAAUGGAUUCAGUAGUGGUAGGCCUAGCACCGGAACGUUUCUGCUAUGAUCACCUGAACGAAGCUUUUCGUGUACUGCGCCAAAAUAGGGAUGUUCAGCUAGUGGCCAUACAUGAAGGACGGUAUUAUAAGGCGAAGGAUGGUAUCGCACUCGGUCCUGGAUGUUUUGUGAAAGGGCUUGAAUACAGUACUGGAGUGUCGGCAGUCUGCAUUGGUAAACCAAAUGAAUACUUUUUCCGCUCAGCCCUACCAGAGGACGUUGCUGUCGAGGAGUGCGUCAUGAUUGGUGAUGAUCCAACGGACGAUUGUCUCGGGGCGAUGCGCAUAGGAAUGAAGGGCUAUCUAGUAGAGACGGGAAAAUAUCAGCCGGAAAUGUACACGGAAGCAAACCGGCCGGCAGUGAGUGGCAUUUUUGCCACUUUUGGCGACGUAGUGCAUCAUAUCAUUUCUACCAACCAGUAA